CGACAAUUUGUCAAUUCACGUUCAUACGACAACUACAUAAUCGCAUAAUCGUCGCGAACUCAAUCAUUCGUAUCAUUAUUAUCGUUAUCUAUCGAUAUCUUUGCUGGGUUCCGUUAUCUCAUGCCUAACGAGAGCUCCCGAGAGAUGAUAGUCGAGCAAAGAGCACAUGCGGGGAGUGGGAUGACAUUAAAUGCGCGUCUCGCGCUGACUUUCUCAAUCUUGUUGCGCGCAUGUUACGUUACAAAAUCCUCGCUAUAGUUUCGCAAUUUAAUCGGUCUAUUGCAAUUAAGUAUAUACGUAUCGCUAUGAUUGACGACAGGCUGCCGGUCGCGUCGAGCCCGGACCGACGACCACAAAGGAGGAGGAGGGGAAGAAGAUGCACCUCGAGGAUUAUCACGGCGAGAGAAGCGAGGAGGACGCGCGACGUUCCAUAUCCGGCCUGGACGACUUCGUCGACGACGGUUCGCUGCCCGAUAUGACGUCCUUGGCAUCCAUGACCGGUAUAGGGAUCGACGACGCACAGUCGCAUUGCUGGAUGACCUCGCAGACGGACAACGGUACCCUCUUCUCCUCGUUGGAUCCGCAAGACUAUCUCGACUGGGACCAGGUGCCUGUUGUCUUUCAAUAUCCCUCCCAGUAUGCUAAUACUGGGGGUGGAUCACCUGGGAGCACUUGCAGCGAAGCAACCACGCCAAGCUGGAGCAGUGUACUGACGACGACGGAUCAUGGCGAGGAUAACUCGGAUUGUCAGAAAUUACCGUCGAUGGGCUCGGCGUUUUCCUUCUCGAGGACCUUCUGCAACGCGAUCUAUCCGGAAUACGGAACAGAGUCGCAUAGUUGUCAUCAGGAUUAUCAAGAGGAUUGCCAGGAGGACGUGGUAUCGUUGCUGAUGAGCAUGCAAAACGAUAUCGCUCAAAGCUACGAUUCUUCUUCCGCACAAAUAUCCUCCAUCGGCGAUGAGUUUGAUCUGAGUCUAAUUAGAGGUGAUCCGACGUCUUUGCUGAAUGCCGUGGACUCGCCGUCGUCAUCGUCAACGUCCUCAACGACCUGUCUCACGGGCGACGAUCAGCAAGAAUCAUUCCAGAACUUGGACCCCCCAUAUUACGCGGUCGGACACCUCGUUUCCUCGCAACAGCAGCCGUCGAUGAUCAAUUUUGCCGGCGAUGUCGUCGGCACGACAGACAGUUUCGGCAAUCAAGUGAUACUGCCGCGGAAUGAGGGUCUGCUGUUCGGCAAUCAGCGGGUCGCCGGGUCAAAAGUCGCGGAAAACGAGAAGAGUGAUAAGUCAUACGAUUGCGCGAAACCAGCGGAAGAGAACUUAGUCUCGUCGGCUUACCAAUGUCACUGGAUCGACUGCGGUUGUGCGUUUGCAGAACAGGAGGGCCUGGUGCGGCACAUCGAGAGGCGGCAUGUGGAGUCAUCCUCGACGAACGUGCAUGGUCACGGUAGACGGAUGCAGCGGAUGGACCGGGAUAAGGAACGCGAAGGCAAAGAGACAGGGGAAGGUUUUCCUGGCGCCGCGAUGGCAACGACGACGAAUCGCGAGGACGAAUUCGCCUGUCUAUGGCAAGGAUGUCCACGCGCACGACCCUUCAAUGCGAGAUACAAAUUGCUCAUUCACAUGCGAGUACACACGCAAGAGAAGCCGAACAAAUGUCCGUUUGCCGGUUGUAAGAAAGCCUUUAGUCGUUUGGAAAAUUUAAAAAUUCAUCAGAGGUCGCAUACAGGCGAGAGACCUUAUGCAUGUCAACACAAUGGCUGUUCGAAGGCAUUUAGCAACAGCAGCGAUCGAGCUAAACAUCAGAGGACACAUUAUGAUAGAAAACCAUAUGCUUGUCAGGUAAGCGGUUGUGGCAAACGUUACACGGAUCCGUCGAGCCUUAGGAAGCACUUGAAAAAUCAUACGGAGAAUUCUAAUACGUUGUCGAGUUUAUUAUCGGAUAAAGUAUCGACGACAACCAAUGCAACAGGAUCAUUAAAUUCGAUGAAUUCUUGCCGACAACGUCAAAACACAUGUAUCUUUGACGUGGAAACGAAUCAUCCAUCAUAUAAGCUGUCUAAAAUUUAUAUUAAAGAUGAAGACAUAAAUAAUAUACGUCACUCGAAUAGAAUCUCCAUAAACCUUGACAGUAACCAACAGGAGUACGUGCCAAUCGAAUCGGUUCGACAUCUUCUUAUCAAUGAUAUCAACAAUACACAAAGCGAAAGUACAGGAUACUGUGCGUCCGCAGAAGAUAAUAUGCCAGAUUUCCACGAUCUUGGCGCCGAUAUCGAACAGCAAUUUCACGAGCUGAGCGCUCUCGAUGACGCUAUUUUCAUCGACUGAUUUCUCUCAGCAGGAGAAUCUUCUCACGAAGGCGAAACAGGGUAGAUGCUUCGGUGAAUGAGCGGUAAGAAUACAAGUUUGAUUUGUCGAAAGAUCACCCUCAGAAAAUGUAAAUAAUAUUAUUUAUACAUUAAAUAUGACCGU